AUACUCUGUGUUGGGAAACCGCGCUCGCUUUCGCGCUUCAAUCUUAAAAUUUAGGAAUACAGUGAGAGGGAGAGAGAUGGAGAUGGUGAACAUGGACGAUCCUCUCGAUUUCGAAUCUGAAGACCAACUUCUCAGUUCCCCUGUUAUUAAUCAGAAAAGGAAGAAAGUGAUUGGCUUGGAUGAACUUUUGACUGAUUACUUUAAGGAGAAAAGCAAAGUGAUUGAGAGGGAGUGUAAACGAGCAAAGGCUAAGAAGAAUUACAAUUCUGAUGAAGAUGACGGCGGCAAAGAAGCUUUACUAUCAAGAAAAAUUAAUGAAUGCCGCAAUCAGAUGAGAGAAAUGAGUAAUGAUGAAGAGAUAUCCACAUGGGGUGUGCAGGUUUUCGGAGAUCAGAAACCCCCACCACCGCUUGUUUUUCCUGAGCUUGGAAGUUGCGCCUUGUUGCAGUCUUUUAUGAGCAAUAAACUCCAAACUUUGAUUGAACCGAGUAUAGAAAAUGGGGACAAUUUUCUAGAAGGACUAUUGGUAAAUGGCUGGCUCUCAAAAUUGGUUUCUACAUGUUGUCAUGUAGAAAAAUUGAUAGCUAAAUGGACUUUUAACUUGAUGUUAUAUUCGUCAAAAGAAGAGUUAAGGACAUCUGCAUGUGACUUCUGGUGGAUCAUUCUUUCUCCUGAGAAUAAGGCUGAGAAGCUGCCCAUUAGAAUUGAAUGGUUCCCUAGCUACUCUGAUCUUCAAAGAGCUCUUGAUACUUAUGGUUUUCUAUUCACUUCUUCCUCACAUCCAAAAUUGUCAAAUAUGGAUUCUGGUGGUAGAGGACCACCUAAAAAUAUUAGAGACUGGAUCAAAUUUACUACUGCAUGUUGUCUUGUGAGGAGUAAACAACCGAUCUUUUCAGCUUCAGAAGCUGAAGAGUUGGUUAAAUUCCUUAUUUGUCUAUCUUUAGAUCGCCAACUUCAAGGUCUGCAGGUGCUUUUGAAUAAAUGUAUGCAAUCAGCUAUCAGUUACUUCACAGACAAGGAAUGGAGUACCAGCUGUGAGAAAAUAGCAAGGACUCUUUCUUGCAGAAUUCCCAUGGAUUUGAACUGCUUGCGAUCUGUGGAGUGUAUUUCAGGAGUAGUUACUCGUAGUAAUAACCUCCGAAGUGCAGUUUCUUAUCAGAUUCUGCUUGCUUGUUUUGAUCAUAAGGUAGUCACUGAUGAAGUAGAUAUCCUGAACAUGCUCAUAUCAAUUAAUGUGAAAGACAAAAAUUGUGAUUUUUUCAAGAUGUACAUUUACCUGGUUUUGACCGAGAACUGGCUCUUGUCCAAUCCAUCAUUGGAACUUGAGCCAGUCAUCUAUGAAAUGUGGGGAGUUUUUCUGCGGAACUGUUCAUGCCAAAUCAACGGCACAGAUUUGAGGUCUUACGCGUCUAAGGUUCGCACCAAAGCUUCAUAUCUUCUACAUGGCACAACAAAGAAAUAAUUAUUACCAAGGCAGCUCUAUGUAAAUGAAUUUGAAGCCACAAACAAGGAUGUUGAAGGUUGUAGAAAGCAACCUCCUUUUUGAGUUAUUCGGGUGUAAGAGCUACUAUUUUAGCACUAAACUGGACCACUAGUACAAGGCAGCCUCCUUUCUCAGGACCCACAAGUGACUUAUUUUUUGGGUUGUGAUAAGGCAUGGAGGGUUGUCGGCAAAUUUGCCUUUUGGAGUUAGGGAGUACUUGUACCAUCAGUUUUUCUGUAGUAGAUGGUAGUCACUGUUUUUGCAGAGAUACCUUUGUUUCAAAUCAGGGCUAUGAUUGAACAUAGUGAUUGGUUGCUGCAGAGAAUGUGCUCUAGCUGGUAAAGAGGAUGAAUAUAACCUUGUACAGGCUUGCUUGCAAUGCAUUAUGUGCUUGUUCUCUUCUUAAAUCUCGAGAGAUGGACAAAUUACUGAAAUACAAUCCUAAAUGGAGACAAGCUUCCAAAUUUCCUGGAAAAUGAUAAUUUCCUUACAAAGAGAUAAAAAGAAUGAUAAUUAAUCAACAAAUUGUCUAAAAAUCAGGAAACCAUUGAGCUUUCUAGUAUAUGAUUCACUUCCUUAUCUUUCUAUUUUUUUUCCCAAUCAAACAUGUAAAGAAAAUUUUAAUAAUUAAAUUACAGAAAUAAAAUGUUGAAUGGCACAAAAUUUUUGAAAUAAGAAAAUACAAAAAAAAAAGGUUCGGAAUUUUAAAAUCAGGUUCGGGAGGUCCGCCUUCUGGACAGCUCAGCUUUGGAAAGCCGUUAAUACUUCCAGCCUCCACUUACUUCCUACCGUCUUUGCCUUCAAUUUCUUCUCUCUUUACCUCUUCUUUUCAUUUUUGUCUCCUUCGCCCCCUCUCUCUCCCUGUCUCAUUUUCUUUGAAUAAAAUCUUAAUUACACAGUCCAGUUUGACAGAGAUUUCCUCAUUUCAGCUGUUCCUCCAUGAUUCAAUUUCAAUUAUAAGUAGUUGAGAACCUUUUCUUCUCAAAUUUUAUUGCAAACCCUGAAAGCGAAACCCUUAUUAUACCCGAAUUCCCUUCUUUACCUUUAUAUUUCAUCUUCAUUUCUGGGGAAUCUUCAAUUUUGCAGAACUACAGAUUCUUGAAUGUAAUGGUUAGAUAAUGAUGAAAGGUGAAAGAAUGGCGAAGAGAUCAUCAGCAUUUGGAAGCAUAGUAAAGAGCAGGCUCUCUGACAUUACCAAUCCUCAGUCGCAACACACUUUGGUUGGCCUCGACGAAAAGCAGCCUCCCAUUCCAAACUCCACAGAGGAUUUGAUUAAUCAGCUUCUUAAGG